CUGUUAAUGUCUCACAGAUUUUUUAACAAUCCGCUUCGCACAGUAAAAAGUUUAUUCAUCAGCCGUGAAAACCCAGACGAGCCGAAAAACCCGUGAAUUACAGUACAACAUAAUUUCUCUUAACUAACGAACGAUUUACUGACUUCCUAUUGCAUACUGACUGCAGUUGGACCAUUUUCAAAAAAUAAUUUUCAUCAUUUUUGUGCGGACAUCGUGUUCUCAAUAACAGUGUGACUCAUCCAAGAACGUGAAACCCCAUCAACUUUGCCGUAUAGUUUUUUGACGAAGCAAAGUACAAAACCGAAGCAGCGUCCCAACAAAUAAAAACAGAUUUAAGGUGUCAACGUUUAGAUACGAAUACAACGAACGGCUGUGCCAGAUAUUUGCCAGACUCAUUUUACAUUUCAAUAAUCGCACUCCAUUGUUACUAUAAUUACCAUGAUCGGUAGUCGCGGUAGCGAUUAGAGACAAGUAUAUUUAUGAAAUCGAGUCCGCUCCGAGAGACUCUUCAUCGAAACUAUUUUUUUUUAUCAUUUUCUUCAGAAGCUGAUAUCCAAGAUGCGUUUGACGUUUGAGAAUUGCGAAAUCGUGUACUUUGCUAUGAAAAAAUGGUGUUCCGGUAGAGAAGAAGAUUUUGUACAAUUGGCAGCAGACCAUGAAAAUACACCAUUCAAUAUUUGGACGACGGCUUCAAAUCCAGCAGCAGAAGAAUAUAAUGAAGAAACGAGUGAGUUACUAUGUGACUCAUUCGACAGCUUUUUUGGUGGAUUCGUGCCGGUAACUAACCCACCGGAAACAGCUUUACGGUAUUUUCUAAAUUUUCUCAAGUCAGCAGGGAAACCAGUUUUGCUUGUUACUUAUUCUGAAGAUUAUAAUUUCGGACCGUUGUGUAAAGCUAUCCUAGAAACUGACAUGGCUGAAAAGUUUCAAAGUGUCAUUGGCGGUUUCGCAGAUGCCAUUCCAAUUUUGAAAGAAAAAUUUCCGGCAAUUUGAACUACCAAUGGUAACGGAAGAUUUCUUAGAUGAAGAAUAUGAAGAAUCAUUGACUGAGGCGAAACAUGAUAUGCAAUAUAUAAAACAAAUUGCGAAAAAGUUCAUAUCGAAGUCUGAGCUUAUUGAGAGCAGUAAAUCUUACGAAGAAUUUUUUUCUUCAAAUAAUGGGCGCUCGAAAUGCUUACAAUACUAUUCGGAGCUUAGCGCCCUUAAUGUUUGCUACAUCCAUUGGAAUAUUGGAAGAAAUGGCAAAGGCAGGGAUUUCAUAUAUCGCUUUAAAAGACGUUUUUCAGGAGUACGGCUCAGGAGGAUUGGUCAGAUUUUUAUCACAAAAACUGAAUGGUGGUGGAGUUGACGAAUUAACUGAUAAAUUGGAAAAUAUCGUGCAAUUUUUCGAAAAACAGAAUCGUGUUAGAGAUGAUGAGGAUGACAAACGACAGGAAUCAAUCAAGAGUGGCAGAGUAAUAACUAAGCAGAAUCAAAACCGAAAUCAUUCAAAUAAGUAUGAAAACGACGACUGGGAGGGAAUAAUGGAAGAAUUUGAUCUAGGAUCUGAACUUGAAGAUGAUCCGUUUGAGCCGAUAUCUAUUCAUCGACCUAAUAAUGAAACUUACGGAAGGGACGAUCCGUUGACGGCAGUACAGGAUCGACCUGAACAUGAGACUCCCAUUGCAGGCGAUUUAUUGGGAACAACGCAGGAACGAGCAGACCUUGAAGCUUACGUUGCAGCUGAUUCAUUAGGAAUGGUACAGAAUCGAUCAAACAGUCAAGAUGACGUUACAGCUAAUCCAUUAGGACCGGUACAGAAAGGAUCGAAUCAUCAAGGUUACGUUGCAACCAAUUCGUUAGGAAUGGCACAGAAUCAACCAAACCGUCAAGGUUACGUGGCAGCUGAUUCGUUAGGAAUGGCACAGAAUCGACCAAACCAUCAAGGUUACGUGGCAGCUGAUUCGUUAGGAAUGGCACAGAAUCGACCAAACCGUCAAGGUUACGUGGCAGCUGAUUCGUUAGGAAUGGCACAGAAUCGACCAAACCAUCCAGGUUACGUGGCAGCCGAUUCGUUAGAAAUGGCACAGAAUCGACCAAACCGUCAAGGUUACGUGGCAGCUGAUUCGUUAGGAAUGGCACAGAAUCGACCAAACCGUCAAGGUUACGUUGCAGCCGAUUCGUUAGGAAUGGCACAGAAUCGACCAAACCGUCAAGGUUACGUUGCAGCUGAUUCGUUAGGAACGGCACAGAAUCGACCAAACCGUCAAGGUUACGUGGCAGCUGAUUCGUUAGGAAUGGCACAGAAUCGACCAAACCGUCAAGGUUACGUUGCAGCUGAUUCGUUAGGAAUGGCACAGAAUCGACCAAACCGUCAAGGUUACGUUGCAGCUGAUUCGUUAGGAAUGGCACAGAAUCGACCAAACCGUCAAGGUUACGUUGCAGCUGAUUCACUGGGAAUGGUGCAGUAUCGACCGAAACGUCAAACUUACGUUGCACUUGAUUUAUUAGGAACGGUACCGAAUCGAUGCAACCAUCAAACUCACGUUAGACCUGAUUCAUUAGGUCCCACACAGAAUCGACUUUGUAUUCGAUCUUAUGAUUGUGUCGGGAAUGUUCUACCAAAACAGUUUCGAUCUAACCGUUUUAGGUCCCUUGGAUAAGCAAUCGUGGGGAAGAGGGAUUUGAUUUCCGAUAGAAAAUGAUCACGGGGAAUAUAAUAGGAUUUUUGAAAACGAUACAUUAAAGUACGAACACGAUAAACCUUACUUCGACUUGUCCAUAUAAAAAAGCACGAGAUCUCAAGUAUAAUAAUAAUGAUUGAUAAUCCUGAGUAUCGCAAGGGCGACGUGGAGUCAGUCUCGCCCCAGUUUACAAGAUCAGGAUGCCUGUGUAAUUUUUUUUUGUUUGCAGAAAACUUUUCUCAGAUGUGGACAGUAUUUUUUUGUUUCAAAAUUGCUCAACCUUCUGAAAUUUACAGUUUUAUUAUUAUACGAUGGUGGAGCAACAUCCCUAUUGUUAGAAAUGGAUCGGACUUCAGGCUUACAACUUGGGAUUCUCGAAUACUGAUUAGUUAUUUUCAUUAUAUAUAUAUAUAUAUAUAUAUAUAAUGAAUUAAUGGAUAAUGAAAUAAUAGGUAAUGAAAUAAUAUAUAUAAUGAAUCAAGGGACUACGCGGAAAUGGGUUACGAAAUAAUUUAGGUUGUACUAAAUCAGUGCUUAGAAUUUUCUUAUUAUUAAUUUAUACUUUUUCAAAAAUAGUAAAUAAAAAUUAAUUUCGUUUGUAAAAUCAGUACUAUAAUUUUUAACUUAAUUGCUCGCAUUGAAUCUAGAAACUUCUCGUGCACGUCUACGUCGCUGCCAGUUGAAUCCUCGGAAUAAUUUGCUUAAUAAUCGAAUCGGAAUAAUUUUUGUUGUUUUUGCUUCUAUUAUGUUUUUAUCAUAAUCAAAUAACCGCAUCCUUUGUAGUCCAUUUAUUCCUCAGUUUUUUCGUUCUCGGAAUCCUUUUCUUCUCGAAUGUCUCAGAAUGUUGUAAACAAUCAGCCUCGCACAGUAAAAAAUCACGUCUUCCGUUAUUUUCAUAUUUUACUCGUUUUGUUCUUAAAAUUCUGCCCCUUACCGAGAACUCAGGAACUCAGAAAUCUGUUAGUUAUUAGACUCCCCACAAUGGCACCGGCGACCAAUCAAACCGUGUCUUAUCAGGUUCAGGAGCGCUGCGAGCAUGCACAGUAAUAUAUUACGGCCAUCAUGAUUUCCGCGAUAAAAAGGUCCUCAGUUGCCCAUCUCUAGCUUCCGUGCAAAGUGGACAGCAAAACCGUGCAAACCCUCAUUAACCUAGAAACUCGCAAAGAACUUGCCAAAACUGGGCUAACAAACGAAUUUAAAGUAACUCUUCUCAAUAAAUCUUUUCAAUCAUUUUCAACGGCCUCGUAUCAUAAAUAAUUGUGAGACUCGGCCUAAAACGUGGAACCCCAUCGACUACGCAGCAGCUUUAUUUGGGGAAGCAAGAUACAAAGGAAUAGCAGGGUCCCAACGGUCCAAAACGGUUUUAAGGAGUCAUCAUCCAGAUACGAAUAUAACGGAAGUGCCAGCGAAAAUCCCAGAUGAGUGCGACAGUUGACAAUUGUGAAAUCGCGUACUUUGCUGUUAAAAGAUGGAAUUCCCGUGAGGACGGAGACGUUAUUCAAAUCGCAGCAGAACAUGAAAAUAAAGAUAUUGAAAAUGGAAUAUUCCAUGCUUGGACGAGGUCUUCGAAACCAAUUGCAAUGGCGAAUGUGCCACAGAUCAGUGAAGCAGAAUCUCAAAUGUUCAACUUAUUGUUCAACAGUAGCGAAGGUGGAAUACCGGUCGACCCGUUAGAAACUGCUUUGCAGAAUUUUAUAAAUUUCCUCAAGUUAUCACCGAAGCCAAUUCUGCUUGUCAUAAAUUCAGCAAAUUUCGACUUCUUGUUCUUACGCCAGAUCAUUCUGGAAACCAACUCGGCCGAUAAAUUGUGCGGCGUCAUUAGUGGCUUUUCAGAGACUCUACCGAUUCUGAAACAAAAGUUCGAAACCCAAAUUAAUAGUUCGUAUUUCGCAAUACCCAUUCCAGUGCGAGAUUUGUUGGCACAAGAAAAUGGAGAACAACGUCACGAAGCUAGGCACAAUGUGCAGGUUAUCAAACAGGUUGCGGGCAGGUUUAUAUCAAAACUUGAGUACAUUGCAAACUUUAUAUCUUAUGAAAAAGCUCUUUCCAGUGAAAUAGAUACUAUGAAAAACGAGGAUGAGAUUCCUAACGAGGACGAUUCGUUUUCAAUGCAGCUUGAUUCAGAUCCCGAGAGCAAUCAACAUUGUUCAGAAAAUGGUGAGAAUGUUCAACUAAGAAAAAGGGCUCGCGUUGAUGACAAAAAUGAUAUACUGGAAUAAUCGACACUGGAAGCGAAUCGAAACUAAAACCGACGAGUUAAAAUAUAACAGUUUUUUGUGAAUUUAUUAAGGUUGUUCAACAGCAAAAAUUUUGAAAAAAAUGUAUGUCGCGCAGAAAAAUCUAACGAAUCAAUAAAAAAAAAGUAUUUGUACCGUUUAGUUUUUAAGACACUGCAAGUUUUAAAGUUCUAUGGUUUCUCAAUCUGAACACAUGGUAAUCUUCAAACAAAAAAAGUGUAUCGAAAUAACUCGAGAACGGUUCUUACGAUUUUGGUAUUAAAAAACACAGUGUUAAAGUAUCUUCUUACGAAAAAAUUUUUAAAAAACAUGAUUUGCCGUCUAAAUUUUGAGAAAAAAAUGGUUGUAAUAAAAAUCGUAUGAGAAUUUGAGUGAGAGAAUUUCAAGGCUCGCGACCUGGCAACGCUGUCGCGUGAGACAAGCCAUGAUUAUCACUAUACUUUAGAACGCUGUGCUCGUCUCAGGCCUGUGUGCAGUGUUGCCACGAUUCACGCGCUUCUGAGCGUUCAUUCGCAUGCUCGUAUACGUGCGUACGGCAUGAAGAUGUAUUCUAGCAGGGGCGUCCGCAAAAGAAAAAAUAUUAAAAUUCCAAAAUCACGAGCAAUUAUGAAAUUUUAUGCAAUUAUGAAAGAACGUGAUUAAUUUUAUGAUAAAUUAAUUUAUCGAAAGAAAAGCAAUAUUCGGUAGAUUGUGUAAGUCUGAAGGGGGAAAAAAAUUGAGUAACUUUGUUCUUGAAAUUUUUUAAUUCGAACCACCAUUAACAUGUAUUAGAUGUAAGACCUUGAGACUGUUAUGUAAUUCUAAUCGUUCAUGAAAUAUUUUUUUUUCAUGUGUAUAAUGUAAUACACCAAGUGAAAAAUAAAAGAGUGACUCUAAAGAAAUCUUUGUUCAGAGUCGACACGUCUUUAGCUCA